AUGAUCACCAUCCACCAUCUCCAACGCAGCCAGAGCGAACGAGUCCUCUGGCUCUGCGAAGAACUCUCCCUCCCCUACGAGGUGAAAUACUACAAACGCGAUCCUCUCCUAUCACCGCCGGACCUGAAAGCACUAACACCACUGGGCGCCGCUCCGGUGAUUGAAGACUCAACCGCUACUUCAACCUCUACUUCUUCUUCUUCUUCUUCUCCCAAGCUUCUUCUAUCCGAAAGCUCCGCAAUCGUCGAAUACAUCAUCCACCGCCACGGCCAAGGCCGUCUCGCCCUACCGCCCACCCACCCCGCCUACGCCGACUACCUGUACUGGUUCCACAUGGCCAACGCGACGCUACAGCCGGCGAUCAUGCGCGCCUUUACUCUGCGUCUGCUGCGUCUACCGGCCGACAACCCGGUCAAGCAGGGCGCGGACGCGCGGUUUACGAAAGUCCUGGCCAUGCUGAACGACCGGUUGGCCCGCGUGCCGUGGUUGGCUGGGGACGAGUUCACCGCUGCGGAUAUCAUGUCCGUGUUCCAGCUCAGCACGAUGCGUCUGUUCUUUCCUUACUCGCUGACGGAAUACCCGGGGAUCGUGGCUUGGUUGGACAGGGUCGGUAAGAGGCCCGCGUAUCGCGCGGCCAUGGAGAAGGGGGAUCCGGGGUUCGAGCCGCUUUUGGGGGCUGAGGCGCCUGAGCCGGUUCCGGGGUUGUAUUGA